AUGGAUACACAGGGCCUCCUUGCCGACAAAGACACUUGCGAAUUUCUGUCAGCUGCUGUCGACCAGAUUUCUGGUGCAAUAAUUGUCUGCGAGGUUUAUGCUCAGCGUUACCUUGGUCAGGAUGCUUUGGUGGAUCAGUUUGCCCACAAGAGCCGGGCUGUUCUGGACCAAAUUCCGGAGCUUCUCGCAAUCAUCUUGCGAUUCUCAUACCUUACCAGAAAGUUGUUCAGCCACUCGUCAAAAGUCUUUCGCACGCUUUCUGGAACACUGGGUGGCAGAUCAUACACCUUGAAGGAUGCGAUCGAAGAAUUAAGGACAAAGCUGGCGACUUUACGGGAAACCGACCAGAUCAACUACCAAGAAGAAACAUUGAGACUGUUGAGAGCGCAUUCUCAUGACUCUCGAACUCUCGUUCGGUUGGAGGAGAUGUCGAAAUCUGCCUUUCAAGAGAUCGAUUUCACCGCCGCUGGUGUGAGAAACAUCCAGUCUGAGAUGUAUAAGGGCAGGGAGAAGGAGAGGAAGGACAAGAUCCAAAAGAAUUUCAAGAAAAAUCUUGAGUGGUUCGAAAGAGGGAAAAUCGCCGACAUUCAGACCCAUGUCAGCCAGUACCGAGAAAAUAUCGACCGAAAACGUCACAAGGGGUCAUGCCAAUGGAUCUUCCGAGACGACGUCACACACUUCAAGAACUGGAAUGAAUGUGAUUCGGGCUUUCUAUGGCUUGUUGGUCGCGCUGGUUUUGGUAAAUCCGUCCUUGUCUCAACGAUCAUCGAACACUUUGACAGUGAACAAUCUACGGAGAGCCAGCACCCAGCUGAUGAGGCUCCAAUUCUACUGUACUUCUUUUGCAAGCGGGGAGAUGAAGCGGCAACGAAGGCACGCAAAAUAAUGUUGCACCUGUGCUAUCAGCUCUUAAAGCAUGACGAUUACGAGGAUAACGCCACCCUACAGGAGAAGUGCAACGACCUACUGGAUGAAAUCCAAAAACAGUUCCCAAGUUUCGCCAAGAUGGAUCCCUCUCUUGUGGAAGUCCCAGCUCUAAAGGACUUGUUCGAGCGCCUUGUAAAGCAACUAAGUCGGCCAGUUGUGCUCAUUGUGGAUGCACUAGAUGAGUGCGAAGACUGGGAUGACUCUGACUUUGUCGGCUCACUAGUGACUUUGGCAAGUUCAAAUUCAAGGAUUCGAGUCCUGGUAUCUAGUAGGCAGCUUGACUCUGAGCUGUUACGGGACAUGUCUUGCAUUGAAAUCAACAAGGAAAGAACGAAAAACGACAUCACAUACUACGUAGCUACGUCAGUGAAACUGUCCAGGCCGAAGUGGAACCGUAGAAUGAUGAUGAGAGCCAUUGAAGGCAUCACGGAAAACUCUCUUGGAGAAUUCAAAUAUGCAACGAUCAAAGUGGAGAGCCUCAAGGAGCCUGGACUCAUCAACUCCUUUGAUCAGUUCAUGAAAGAUCUGAAACCGGGAAUGAACAAUGCCUACUAUCAGAUUUUUGAGACAUUACCCAGGAGCCAAAGACAUCUGUUAGUUGUGGCGCUACGUUGGUUGAUCUGCGGUAGAGACAACAUACCCAUUGAGUGCAUUGGGGAUGAGAUAGAGCUCAAUUGGGAUGAAGACACCAUGGACGUCCAAGAAGAUUUUCCCGAUUAUGAGGCCAACACUUUCGUUUCCAACUUACUGGAUGAUCUCGAUCUCAAUCAACAAGACGAGCCUGACAGCCAAGACCCCGACCAUAGAGUUACAGCCGAUACUCUAAGCAGGAUUGGGCGAGACUUUGUCAAGAAGCUCAAUUCACACAGAUUCCAGAAGAAGUAUAUCCUAGUUGAAGAUUUUGAGAUUACAGAAGAGCAAUCGAUCAGGACGAGCGAUCAGGACACAGAUGUGCCACAGGCUGAAAGCGUCGAAAGCCAAUCGGCUGAAGUGGAAGAUAGCACGGAGAACGACGCAGUGUGGGCAACCGAAAAACAAAGAUAUGAAAUCAGGGAGUGGCCACGACAUCUGCGAGAGGCCGAGUGCGCAUGGACUGCGGAAGAUCGAAAGCGAGAAGCCGCACGUUGGGAGUCUCUUCUUGAUGGCGCAGAGCGCUUUCUGGACCCCAAGAGUAACGUCUACAAAUGUUGGAUGAGGAGAACCCUGCCAAAGGUCAAGGAGAGAUCGUUCAAGGAACAUGAACACCCUCUGCAUACUGCUGCACGCCAUGGCAUUGGGGCCAACGUCAAUGCACAGAACUGCUGGGGGCUGGCCCCACUCUUGUAUUCGAUCAAGGACGAGGCAUCGCUGGAACCCAUCAAAUUCCUUCUUGAAAACGGUGCAGAUCCUACGAUAUCAAACGACGCUGGGGCAACGCCGCUGCAUAUUGCAGCCUGGAAACAAAAGCAUUCGAUAUGCGAGGUUCUCCUUGGGUGCUCUUCUGUGGACGUAAAUGCCAAGGACAAGGAAGGCGAAACCCCUCUCCACGCUGCCUGCAAGUGGACGAAUACACCAGAAGGACUGAUCAAACUACUCCUUGACCACAAAGCAGACCCCAAUGUCCAGGACGGCGAGAGUCAAGCUCCUCUUUAUGAGGCCUGCAGGUCCGGGAACCCGGUAGCAGCUCGUGUGCUUCUACAGUAUGGAGCUGACAUCAAUGACGAUGAUCUCACCGGCGACACUUCUUGA